UGUCCCUCAAUUAUAUACAUUUUAGUGCAGGUCGAAACACACAUGAAACAUUCAUGGACAUUUAGAUAGCAGGUUUGUUCUGGGAGAUUAACAUUGGGUUGUUAUUUUACCUGAUAUGCAUAUGGUCCUCUUUUUAGCUGGUUCAUUGUAGAUUUUUUACCCCGAGUCAUACAAAAUCACGUUUCUCUUCUCUAACGAUUAAUUCACAGAUAAAAUGGGAAACCUAGUUCGUUUUUAGUUAGUCAUCUUAAAUUAAUCUCUCCUUGUUUGUCUUUCAAGCAUCCACGUGAGUUUGUAUCUUCCUGAUAUCCAAUAAGGAUGGGACUUUCAGCAUGUGGAGCAUCUCAAAUAGAACGAAGCCCUAUUUUUAGCACGCCAGCGGUGUAUGUGAAAUUGAUAUGUAGGCAAUGUGUGCCGUUUUUAAAUGUAUGUAGUUCUGUCCUUGAGCUGUUCUUGUUUAUUCGUGUUCUGUAUUGUGUAUUGCUUUCGCAACAGCUAACAGGGAUCCCAAUCAAAUACCAAAUGUGUACAAUUAUCUUGCAACGCUCGCAUACGCAACGUGGCCGGUGUGGUUUGCUUGUGACGAUUAACGAUUUAUAAUAUGGCUGGAGCAACGCAAUAAUGUAAAAACGACAUGUCCCAUAGUUCCGCGCGGCAUUUCGUCAGCGGAACAUAUCUAUGUUUGCGAAGAGACGAGAGCAUUGGACGAGACCGCUGUCUGUUGAUAUUAGUAAAAACUUGAAAAUGGAAAACGAUUGCCUUGAAAGUUUAAUCUUAAAGUUACAUGAUGUUCAGGCCGUGAAAUUCGGAACGUUCACGCUGAAGAGUGGAAUAACAUCGCCGAUUUAUUUUGAUCUCAGAGUUAUUGUUUCCUACCCAUCGCUUAUGAACCAGGUAUCAAUGUAUCUUUACCAACGCGCCAAAGAUGAGGACUUGAAAUACAACUCACUGUGUGGUGUACCAUACACUGCUCUGCCCCUGGCUACAAUCAUCUGCUCCAAACACGAGCUGCCUAUGCUGAUCCGAAGAAAAGAAGCCAAAGACUAUGGAACUAAGAAGAUUAUAGAGGGGACCAUUCACCCUGGAGACACUUGUCUGAUCAUCGAGGAUGUCGUGACCAGCGGCAGCAGCGUCAUGGAGACGGCCCUGGUGCUUCAGGCGGAGGGUUUAAAGGUCACCGAUACCAUCGUGCUGAUGGACAGGGAGCAGGGAGGUAGGGCCAUGCUGGCCAAGAAGGGCAUCGUGCUCCACUCCGUCAUCUCCGUCUCCAAACUCCUCGACGUUCUGCUCCAGGCGGACCGCAUCGAUUAUCCCACCGCCCAGAGCGUGCGCAGGUUCAUCCAGGAGAACAACACCUACAAGCCCUCAGGGGAGGAGGAGAAGAAUGGCUCGCCUGCGGCUAAGAAGCCCGGCAAGCUGGCGGAGUUGACCUAUGGCGACAGGGCCCAGCUCCGAACCACACACCCUCUGGCUGCCCAGCUCUUCCGGUUGAUGGAGGAGAAGAAGACCAACCUGUGUGUGUCGGCGGACGUGACAGGCUGCGAGGAUCUGCUGCAGUUGGCUGACUCUCUGGGGCCUCAGAUGUGCGUGCUGAAGACUCACGUGGACAUCCUGCGGGACUUCAGCCCAGCCUUCAUCCAGAACCUCAAGGACCUGGCCCACAAACACAACUUCCUCAUCUUUGAGGACCGCAAGUUUGCUGACAUCGGGAACACGGUCAAGCACCAGUAUGAAGGUGGGCUCUACCAGAUCGCCUCGUGGUCUCAUAUGGUGAAUGCCCAUGCGGUGCCAGGCCCUGGGGUGGUAGAGGGGCUCAGUGUGGUGGGCCUCCCACUGGACCGCGGCUGUCUCCUCAUAGCUCAGAUGAGCUCCCAGGGUUCCCUAGCAACAGGGGACUACACGCAGGCUGUGGUGAAAAUGGCUGAGGAGCACUCUGACUUUGUUUUUGGGUUCAUCUCUGGCUCCAAGAUCAGCAUCAAGCCUGAAUUCCUACAUAUGACUCCAGGGGUGCAGAUGCAGUCAGAAGGAGACGGUCUUGGCCAGCAGUACUCCAGUCCUGAUGAUGUGAUCUAUAAAAAAGAAUCGGACGUCAUCAUUGUUGGCCGUGGUAUCCUGGGGGCCUCUGAUAGGGUGAAGGCUGCCACAGAGUACAGAGAGGCCGGCUGGAACGCCUACGUCAAGAGACUCACCGCGUCAAGACAAUGAAAAGUCAAACAAUGGGUGGGGGGUUUGCAUCCCAAAGGGCACCCUAUUCCCCGUAUAGUGCACUACUUUUGACUAGGACCCUAUGGGAUUUGGUCAAAAGUAGUACACUAUAGUGGUAUGGAUGCCAUUUGGGCUACAGACAGACUAGAGCAGGCACCACAUCGACAAUGUGAAACCACGAUUAUUCCCUCCAAACAGCUGCUGGGGCCUGUUUCUUACUCUUAUGGCUUCUCGUUAUAACCCUGGCUUGCUAAAUUAGCUGAACUGCGACAAUGCUCAUCUUUGGCAACAGGGACACAUUUCAGGAUCCCCCCCCCCACCAUCAGUGUUAUUUGUAUAUGAUCAUUUUGAAACAUUUCAAAUUGGAUUAUUUGUGUUAACCAAUAACAUGGACCCGUGAAAUGAAUUCAGUAGAUGCAUUGGGCUGUAAUGAUCGGUGUUCUUUGAAGUCACUUUAAACAUCUCUAGCCUAGGAUUCUGUCCCUUUGCCUCAAGGGCGGUUUCUAUAGAAGAACACGGUGGACGCUGGGGCUGCUACCUUUUGUGAUGGAGAACUGUGGCGAGAUUCAGUUUACCAAACAAUCCUUGGCAUUGUGUAUCGAUUGGUUCAUCGACCAUUAAAACAAUCACGUGUUCACAACAGUAGUUAUUUGAAGCCAAUGUGUGACGAACCACGUCCAUAAACCUCCAGUGGUUCCCGGGUGAUGUGCCGGGUGUACGCUGUGCCCGACUCAUUAAUAAACAGUGCGAAUGUGCACGGCUUGUUUCAGUUA